GCUGCGGCCCGUGAGGCAGGCGGUGGCGGAGGCUCCUGCAGCGGUUGCUGGCGUUGCGGUGCGGAGCUGCUCUGCGUUCCUCGGACCCGACCCUCAGCACUCUGCUCCCACGCCAGCCUACCUCGCUCCUCGGCACCAUGACCACCACCACCACCUUCAAGGGAGUCGACCCCAACAGCAGGAAUAGCUCCCGGGUUUUGCGGCCUCCAGGUGGUGGAUCCAAUUUUUCAUUAGGCUUUGAUGAACCAACAGAACAACCCGUGAGGAGGAACAAAAUGGCCUCUAGCAUCUUUGGGACACCUGAGGAAAACCCCCCUUCAUGGGCCAAGUCAGCAGGUGCCAAGUCUAGUGGUGGCAGAGAGGAUUCUGAGUCAUCUGGACCCCAGAGAAGGAACUCUUCUGAAGCAAACUCUGGAGACUUCUUAGAUCUGAAGGGAGAAGGCGACAUUCAUGAAAACGUGGACACAGAUUUGCAGGCCAGCCUGGGGCAGAGCGAGGAGAAGCCCGUGCCCGCUGCCCCCGUGCCCAGCCCGGUGGCCCCGGCCCCAGCGCCGUCCCGAAGAAAUCCCCCUGGCGGCAAGUCCAGCCUCGUCCUGGGUUAGCUCUGACUCUCUUGAACUCUGUCGUUUUAUUUGUUUGUUUUCUCCAUGCUUGUGAACUGCACAACUUGAGCCUGACUGUACAUCUUUUGGAUUUGUUUCAUUAAAAAAGAAGCACUUUA